UGUCAUAUCAUUUUGACGUUUCAGUCGUGUACAAUUCAUGUUGUUCUAACUAAAACUAGAUUUUAGGUUUAAAUUUAUCUAAUAAACAUAAUAAUUCUUAUUGAUUGAUGGCGAAAACGUAUAAUACAACAUAAUGUCGACCUUACGUCAACGCCAGUUUAAUGCUCUGAAGCAAAUGUUAAACUUGAAUCAGCCUAUAACGAAGAGUAUAGCAUCAGAACCAACAUGGAAAGUCCUAGUAUACGACCGAGUGGGCCAGGAUAUAAUAUCUCCACUUAUGUCUAUUAAAGAACUUAGAGAAUUGGGUGUUACCCUUCAUGUCCAACUCCAUUCAGACCGUGAUACAAUACCAGAGGUGCCCGCUGUUUACUUUUGUGCACCAACUGAAGAAAAUCUUGGCAGGAUAUGUCAAGACUUGGACAAUGGGAUCUAUGAUCAGUAUCACCUCAACUUCAUAUCACCGAUCACAAGACAAAAACUAGAAGACCUAGCUGCGUCAGCCAUACAGUCUAAUUCAGCUGUGAAUAUUCACAAAAUUUAUGAUCAGUAUUUGAAUUUCAUUUGUUUGGAAGAUGAUUUGUUUAUAAUGAAGCACCAGCAAUCAGAUCCAUUGUCUUAUUAUGCUAUCAACAAAGGAGAUACAAAAGAUACUGAAAUGGAAGCUAUUAUGGAUAACAUAGUGGAAAGCCUGUUUUCUGUGUUUGUGACAUUGGGUAAUGUUCCAAUUAUACGAAGUAGCAAAGGCAAUGCUGCAGAAAUGGUCGCAAAAAAACUUGACAAGAAGCUACGAGAAAAUUUGUGGGAUGCCAGAAAUAAUUUGUUCCAUGGCAACACUGGCCAAACUGGUGCAUUCAGUUUCACUCGCCCAAUGCUGAUACUUCUAGACAGAAAUAUUGAUAUGGCAACCCCAUUACAUCACACUUGGACAUACCAAGCACUUGCCCAUGAUGUUCUAGAUUUAUCAUUAAAUAGAGCAAUGGUGCCAGAAAGCUUAGGUUCAGCUGUAGGCGGCUCAAAGUCCAAAGUCAAAGUGUGUGAUCUAGAUUCAAAAGAUCCACUUUGGCAGGAACACAAAGGCAGCCCGUUUCCUACAGUUGCUGAAGCAAUACAAGAAGAUUUGGACAAAUAUAGGAGUUCCGAAGCAGAGGUGAAGAAGUUGAAAAGCUCAAUGGGUUUGGACGCCGACAGCGACCUAGCACUAAGUAUGGUGAGCGACAACACUCAACGGCUUACCUCCGCCGUCAACUCCCUGCCGCAGCUGAUGGAGAAGAAGCGGCUCAUCGACAUGCACACUACCAUAGCCACCGCAAUUCUCAACGCCAUCAAAUCAAGGAGGCUAGAUUCCUUCUUCGAAUUGGAAGAGAAAAUUAUGAGUAAAAGCAGUGCAGUGGAAAGCAAAACGGUGUUGGACUUAAUAUCGGAUCCCAGUGCUGGGGUUCCAGAGGAUAAGAUGAGGCUGUUCAUCAUUUAUUAUCUGUGCACGUCUCAGAUGCCCGAAGAGGAAUACAAGAAAUUUGAAGCGGCACUUCUCGCUGCCGAAUGCGAUGUCAAACCUAUGGCUUAUAUGCGACGAUGGAAAGGUUUCUCAAAAAUGUCCAGUCAGUACGAGGGUGGUGGAACCAAAACAGUUUCGAUGUUUUCAAAAUUGGUGUCUCAGGGAUCUUCUUUUGUUAUGGAAGGAGUCAAAAAUUUAGUUGUAAAAAAACACAAGCUGCCAGUGAGUCGCACAGUGGAGGACGCAUUGCACGUGAGCAGCACCAGCGCGGAGCCCAGCUCGGAGCUGAGCUGGCUGGACCCGCGCGCGGCGCGCACAGACGCGGCCGCGCGCGCCCGCGCCGCCAAGCAUCCGCCGCCCACCGACGCGGUCGUGUUCGUCGUCGGCGGCGGCAACUAUAUCGAGUACCACAACCUUAUUGACUUUGCUAAGCAGCAAGCGGCCAGCGGCACGACGAGAAAAAUCAUCUACGGCGCAACGACCCUGCCCAACGCAUCGCAGUUCCUCAAACAAUUGUCUCUUCUGGGAGAAGAAAUCCAGUAACAUUCCGAACAUCACUGUAAUAUAUUCUAUUUAUUAUGAUUAUGAAAUAUAUAUAUAAUCUGGGUUGUUGAAUUUGUAAUAAUAAAUAACACAGUUAUUUCAACAA